AUGGAGUCCAUUUAUCAACUAUGUGCACCUAAUUUAAACAUUAAAAAUGCACAAAAAGUUGUAACGGAUUUGAAUAACUUACGAAAUUCCGUAACUGCAAAGUAUUAUGAACAAUUAGAUGAAGAAAAUAAAAAUUAUUUACUCGACUUUCUUGUGAAAGCUCUUCCUGAAAUCUGGGAAAUUGGAUCAUCUCAGAUUAAGUUUGCUGCUGCAGCUGCUUAUGGAGAUUUAUUUAUUAGAUUAGCUCCAUUUGAAUACAAAACAUUAACUGAACGUGUUAUAAGGGAAAUUUCCUUCCUCACAUCAGGCCUUGUUCUUCAACUAUCCGGCGUUUGCUUCCUUUCUAAGUUUUAUAGUUCAGUCGAUUUUGGCGAAAUUCUUAAUAGUACACCAUUUAUGCACUUGUUUAAGUUCGAAGAUACAGAUAGAAUACCAAACUUAGUCAAAUACAUGAAAAAGCUUCCAAUUGUAUUUUUACAAAAUCUUGCAGAAUAUUUUGUUCAAUUAUUUACAUUUACACCAUCAAAUAGGCAUUAUGCUGCGGCAAUAUCUAUACUUACUGAAGAGGAGCCAGAAGAAUUCAUUAAUAUCAUAAAAGAUGAAACUCCACCACAAUAUAUCGGUCAAUUCUUUUCAAACAAGGCUCCAACAUUUCCACAUAGCCUUCUUGACGAAUACAAAACUCAAUUAAUGGAAAUUAUUACAAAUCCCGAAUCUACAAAUUUAGAUUACGAAAUGUCAUGUGUAACCUUAAGUCUUUUCAUACGCAGUGAACAACUCAAUCUAGAUGACAUAGAAAAGCUAAUUACCCGCGAAAUGGUCCAAAAUUCGAAAGUAAUUUCAUCAUUAUUAAAAUUACCAAUUAAACCAGAAAUAAUUCGCGAGUUAUUUACUUUCACACCAAGUAUUCCUCAAGAAAAGCCUGAAGAAGAAGUCGAAGCAUCACCUUUACUCGGCCAAGUUGAAGAAAAACAAGUUUCAGCACAAAAUCCACAUGAAGUAAACUUAGAUUUCGGAAAAUUCGAAUGUCCAAAGAAUUUAAUUGUUCCAUUAAUGGAGUAUUUCUCAGCAAAUCUCAUCUUUACACCAGAAUUAGUUUCAUUAGUUGGAAAUACUCUCGAUGACAAUGAUCCAAACUACAGUGAUGCAUUAAGAACACUUGGAGAUGUUGCCAGAAAGCUUCCUUCAGAAGAACUGAAUCGUUUGCUCUUCAAAGCCUUUUCAAUUGUUUCAAACAACUGGAUUCACUCACUUUGGACAUUGAAACUGAUUGGCCAACUCGAUUUCACGAGAAUGUCAAAGGACAUGACAGAAAAAGCCUUCAAAAUCAUUGAAGACGCUGUUAUGUCACAAACUGACAAACUUCACAUAACCGGCUGCCAAACGGUUUUGAAAAUUAAGAACACAUUGCCUUUCGACCAAUUUAAGAUUUUCAUUGACAAGUUCAUAAGAAAACUUGACAUUUUCAAUGAAUUCGAUUUCGAGAGGCGUGUUUCAUUUUUGGCAAAAACAUUUUACGUAAUGACAGGCGGCUGGACAUUAUCUUUCAUGCACAUUGCAACGAUGGUUAGUGAAGCGAUGAGUAUAUUCAAUUUCAGUCCAAAGGUUUUAGAAGGAAUUUUCUAUAUCCUUGCUGUUUUCUCGAGCAACAUGAAGAAUAUCGAGAACACGAUGUAUUUCACUAGAUACGCGUUAGGUGUCAUUGUUUCACAAUACGAACAAUUCACAGGCUACAAAAUGGAAUUUCCUUUGACAAGUCCUCUUUCUAAGGCAAUUAUAAAGAAUGACAUUCCGCUAAGGAAAGUUGACAGUGAUAUUACACAGCACCCAGAACAUGGACACAGACAAGUUAUGUCUACUUCUCUGACAGCUCUUAUUUUCUUGUCAAAAGUGCAAUGGGGUGAAAUGCCUGUAGAUAAAAGUGACUUGGUACUUUUGACGAAUUUUGCCACUAUUUUAUGUCCACUUUUCACUGAUGAGUGCAUUAGAUUGGCAACUGUUUUACUUGAUAACCAGUCCGCCGACAAAAUUGCAUUCGAAGAGUUCAUAAAAGAGUGCAUAAAAUACGUGAGAACAAAGCGUCAGAAACUUGGAAUUAUUACUGUCAUUGAAAUGGCUUCUAAACGAUUGGAAAUGAAUCUCGAUGACUUUGUCGAAGUCGAUGAUAUCGCAAGAGAUAUCAGGAAGUUCAUUUUGGCCAUGAAAGAUUUGGAUUUCGUCACAAUAAGAACUGUCAGAAAUUUCCUCAAAAAAUACGAUUAUUUGAUCAGUGAUUUGCAAGCUGAAAAAAUCUGUAUAGAAAACGAAAGAUAUCUCAUUAGAACGCAAUUGGAAAAUAAUAAUGAUACACCUGUAAACAUGCCAAUUAUCAAUGAGCAUCCCGAAGCUUUGGAUACAGUUAAAAGAGCUCAAAUCGAUGUAGAAGAAAGCGAAGACAUGUCAAUUGACGAAAGCCAAGAUUUCGCUUUUGACGAAAAAGAAUUCAAUUCUUUGACAAUUCCUGACAGUUCUGAUGUCAGAAAAUACCUUCCAACAUUGACACCGUUUAUAGCUCUUAAACUAGAAAUCCCUGAUUAUGUUCUUUCUCUUCCAAUUAUUGUCCACACUUGUAAUUAUUCAAGAGCUUUGUUACCGAAUAAUUUACUUGAAAAAUUCCUUGAAUUCGCUUUGAGAAAGAAAGAUGGAAGAGCUGUUUUGGCUGUCCUCAGAGUGAUGACAUUCAACAAGUACUAUUACCCUGUUGAAAAGCUUUUAACUAACAAGAUCUUCGAGAACAGCAGAUAUUUGUACAUGAUUUUGGCCAUUUUAUCAAUGAAAUACCAAACAAUCAAUAGUUUGCCUGAUUUCGCUCUUGAUUACAUCAAAAGCAUCACUUCUGAUGAUUUCGUUGAGUUCGUAAUCAAUUCAACGAGAUCAACAAGAAGGAAUGCCACUGCAUUAAUCAAGUUUGAUCCUCAAUAUUUCAACAGUAAACUAGAACCAAUUGAAAAAUGGUCAUCAACACAACUCAAAAAUCUGUUUUGGAUUUUCCCAUUGAUGAAAUCGAAGGUCACAGCAAUAAUCCGCCAUAUUUUGGACAUUACAAGGAACUCUAGAAAGAAGAGACCAAUAGCACUCCAUCUCUUGGCAGCAUGUCUAAACGACAGGAAAGAAAAAGCUCUAAUUAAAACUGCUCAUGCUGAAAUUCGUCACUUUUUGUUGGAUGAAAAACCAGAAUUUGACAACACUUGCCAAGUUUGGAUUCUUGCAUUGGUUUCCAUUGUCUGCCAUCGUGUUCAAGGUGAUGAAAGCGGUGCUGAUGACUUCAUAAAGAUGUCAAAUGCCGUUGGAAAUCAAUCAACAUUUGGUGGAUUACUUUUAUUAGAAAUUAACGGACAAAAUUUGACAAAUGUGAAAUUCAUUUCACAACUCUUGUAUUAUUCACAGAACUCGAUGUAUUUGCAUGUUCUCCAAUACCUCAGAAGAACUACUGAAGGAAAUGCCAUCACAUUACCUCAAAACUUGAUUGAUUACAUCAUGAAAGCAAAGAAGAAUUUGUCGUUUAUGGAAGCAAAAGAAUUAUCACUUUUAUUGAUUCAACAUUUAUCAAAGAAACCAACGAGAGAAGCUACUGUUGAACUAUUCAAUCAGUUUGUUGCAAUGGCCACCACUACUCCUCAAUCGUGUUAUUCCACUUUGUAUGUUCCAUUCUUUAAGAGUUGUUUGAGUUUGUUCAGAUCGAGUUUCCCUGAAAACAAAAAGAUUUUGGAUCUUAUACAGCCAUGUUUCGAUUUACAGUAUGUUCCUUUACCUGUUGUAGAUCUUUGCUUCUCUGUUUGCCAGAAGAUUAAAGAUGUCGAGCAAGGUUUGUGUCUCUUCCCUCCUUAUUUGAGGCAAUUCACUUCUUCCAUUACAUAUAACGUUGCUGAACAAGCAGCUCUUUUCUCAUUGAAACACGUGAAGUCUGAAUCACCUGAUGUAUCUGUUUGGGUGCCUAUUUGCAAGAGAUUCUUUGACUCUUUCUAUGCAGCUGUUUCGAUAUUGAAGAGACAGAAAUCUACUGUUGAUAUUUUGUCUUCUUGCUUCAAAAAUUCAGGAAAGAAAUCUCUUGAAAUGGUUUUAGAUGCAAAGAAGAGACCAUUUUCUAUCUUCUACGCUGUACUUGACCAGAGUGAUGCAACACCAAAAGAACUUGAUAACUUCAUCAAUGAAAUGAUCAAGGAUCUUCAUUAA